CACCCUACCCUUCGUCUCUUGAUUGCUCUUCCAUCUAUCUGACUUCUCACCAGAUCCCGAUCUUGACUUCUCUGGCAUUUUCAUCUGUCGAUUGCUCCUUUCUACUCAUCUUCUCCAUCUGAUUUUUCCAUCCUUUUUCCCUUUUUCUGAUUUUGCAUAUCCCUCUGCCAAUUGCUCUCUCUACCCAUCUUCCAUCUGUCGCACUUUUCACCAGCCGCACCUUUUUCUUCACUUUUCCGGAUCCUCAUCCUCCUCAUCCCAGAUCCAGUGGGGUGGCCUCCAAUCUUCAAUGGGUAAACUCCCUUUUCUCAGUUUGUUACUGCAUUUUUUUUUUCCCUUUUUGAUUUGUAUAAAGCCUGGCUUUUGCUUUUAAUUUCCAUGUGAAUUUCUUAGUUUUCUUCCUGUUCAUCAAUCUGCAUGCAAUCUUCUCUACUUUGUCUUUCAAGCUGGAGCAAGCCAAGGUCACAUUUCUGCUGUUCCGUUGCCUAUUCUACUUGUUACCAGGUAAUCUUCAAGGAAUUAUAGUUAUAUAAAUUACAUGUAGAUUCUCUCGGUUGUUGUUUUCUAAUUGGGUAACGUAGCUUUUGUGGAAAAUACAAAGAAGGGUUGUACGUUGAUUAGGAUGUUUAAAGAUGUUUGUCUCUCCGGUGAAUGGUUUCCCUCAUGUAAUGGAAUUAUGGAGCAGAUAAGGCUUUAACAUAAGAAUAUUGAACAUUGGUUGGUUUCAAGAAAAAAAAAGAAGUUAAAGAAUGUUGAACAUUGGUUCUUUGCAUUUUGGUGGUCAGCAUCGUGAGCAUGGAAAGCAUCCUCUGGAGCAGGAUGUCCAUUGAUACUGAUUUAGUUUUUGGUUCGUCUCUCUCUUCGGUUCAUGAUUGUUAUAUUACAACUUCAAAAUAGAAGUAGGUAUAUUUUUACUACUACAACCAGCCAUUCAGUAAAUGUAGCUUACUGCCCAUUUUCCACUGUGCAGGGGGUGUGCGAGUUCACAAUUCUAGGAUAUGGAAUGUGAAUGUCUUUAAUCUUUUUUAACCUGUCCUGUUUGAUUCCCUUCAUGGUGUGCUUGAUUGUGUGACUCCAAAGUAUGCUGCUCUUAUUUUAUUUUCAGCUUCCUACUUAGAAAAAAAGAAAGAAAAAAAAAAAGCUUUAAAUGAGGAGUCAAAAUGCCUGAACUAGUCUAUAGCUUUUCUCCUACUCAUUUAUGAUUUAGAUAAAAGUACGCAGAUUUU